GAAGGUCUAAAGGUGAAGGCCGAGCACGUUGAAAAAAUGAUUGGAAGACUGUUUUUACGACGCUUUUUCCCAUUUGCUACACGACUCUCUAUCAAAUAUCCAGGCAAUUGUUUAUCAAACUCGAGAAGACUAAUUUCUCAUAAAAGUCCCUCGAGUAAUAAAGACAUAAUAGCUGUUUCGCUUGUCUCUCUUUUAUCAUUUUUCAAACUAAAAAGUGAGGAGAAGGAAGAUCCCAUUGUUAUGACUUUAAAGAGGGGAAGACUUGCAGAAAUGAGAGACGAUUACGAAACAGCAAAUAGCUAUUACCACAGUGCUUUACGCCAAAUACUGCAAGAUCAAAAAUCUGGGGAUAGAACGGAUAAACAGAUAGCUGAAGCUCGACUUACUACAUUUUGCUUUAUGGUGGCCAAUUUAGACAUUGUUUAAGUUAAAAUAAUUAGUUUAUUCCUUUUUUUUAAAAAAAAAAUCUUACACAAAAUUCUCUUACUAAAAAAACAAUCUUUGUUGGCCAACAUGGAAUUUUCAAAAGGACACUUUGGAGAGGCUGAGAAACUUUACAAGCAGUCGUUAUUGCUGCACAAAUAUCUGGGUCGUGAAACCGACGAUCUAGCUUUUAUCGAGAUAUCACUUAAACUUUCAAUGAUUUAUGCAUCAACUGGACGAAAGCCAGAAGCUGAAAGUGGGUACGAAUACUGUCUAAACUGUUUAACAAAACGUCGAGACUCGGAUGAUGGGCUAGAUGAAGACGGACAGGCUCUUUUGGGAUUAACAUUAGACUCUUAUGCCAGAUAUUAUAUGGAACUGUCAAGAUAUGAUAAAGCUGUGUCUUUUAUUAAGGAUAGUCUUAAAAUUGCUAGACAAGUGUUUGGGGAUAGCCACGAGCAAGUUGCAUCUUUAUAUAACGAUUUAGCAGCCAUAGAAUGUGAAUUAAGAAAUUUUGAUGAAGCCAAGAGUAAUUGUCUAAAAGCCAUAGAAAUAAGCGAAAAUCUAAUUGAUAAAAAGUAUGAAACAACUUUAUAUAAGUUAAAUCUUGCAGAAGUUCUUUGGCAGGUAGGUGAACUGCCAGAGGCUUUAUUGUAUUUGAAGCAAGUAAUUAGCACUUCUAAAGCAUAUGAUUACUCCGAUCUGUUUGAAAAGGCUGUUAAAUUGUACAAAGAACUGAAUAAGAAGUUAAAAAUUUAG